UACAUUGGGCUUAGUGCUGUUUGCACGUAGUAGAAAUAGAAAAAGCCAUUUUUCUCUCUCUCCAUGUGUCUCUAGUGAAAUUUCCACACACAAGCAAUAGAGAAAAAGCCAUACUGUGCGUACGUGGAAAAUAACUGAACAUAUUUUUUAAUUUAUCAUAUUUCGAAACAAUAGUUUAAACACAAGGAAUUGAAAAUGGCCGAACAACAGAGACAAUCGCUGUGUCCACGACUCAUCGACUAUUUAGCUAUUGUUGGUUCGCGAUCAGCAAACAUUAAGCAUCAAGGGAACGGCCAAAAUCCACCAGUUCAGAUUCCGGAGCUAUUGCGUCGUUACCCACCCUACGACCAUGCUGAUUUUCCAAUGCCAUUGGAUAUGGUGUACUUUUGUCAACCCGAAGGUUGCAUGAGUGUUGGCCCAAGACGAACUGGUACAGCCAUACGCGAGGCGACAUCAUUUGUGUUCACACUAACGGACAAAGAUUCAGGUAAAACACGGUUCGGCGUCUGUGUAAACUUUUAUCGACCCGUCGAACGGUACGUUCCAUCGGGUGGUGGUCCACAAAAUGCAGCAAGUAGCACGUUGGCAAAACGGGCACGAAACUCGGCAUUGCGUCGUGAAUCAUGGCGAAAGAGUAUGGAAAAAAGUUCGGAUUCUGCUUUUUCCAGGAGUAAUAUCGCACCAAGCGAUUCAGAUCGUGAUUGUUCAAGCGGUCGACGUGAUUCGGAUACCGUAUCAAAUCGACAUCAUGUGUCUGGAACUUAUGCGCCGCUACAUCAAACGCCCCGUUUGGGAAUCACAGCACCGAGCGCCGAUUCAGAGUCAGGCGAUGGAAGUCCUUCACCGUCACCACGCUCUUCGCGCCGUCGGACCAAAGUGCGAAACCAUUCUUUGACAUCAUUGUGCCUCCUAUCGCAUCAUCCAUUCUUUAGCACAUUCCGUGAAUGUUUGUUCAUCCUAAAGAAAUUGAUCGAUGCAUGCAACGAAGCUGCCAGUCCCAAAAGCGUCGGAGCAUCACGGCAAAGUCCCAGAGAGAAUAUUUGGUCGAUUUUGAGCAGCCAAUCAACAGAGCAUACACCAUCGAUAGCAUUGCAUGAUGUGAAGGAAAUUGAAACGUGGAUAUUGAGACUGUUAUCAGCGCCAGUGCCAGUACCAGGUUCGACAAGAAUUGAAUGUGAACUGUUGUCAGCCAGUAUACACGAUUCACUAUUAUUUGCAUUGCCCGAUCACACUCGUUUCUCUUUGGUCGAUUUUCCACUUCAUCUGCCACUCGAAUUGCUCGGUGUUGACACAUGCUUGAAAAUCUUGACGUUAAUUCUACUCGAGAACAAAGUUCUGUUUCAAUCAAGGGAUUACAAUGCAUUAUCGAUGUCAGUCAUAUCAUUCGUUACAAUGAUUUAUCCGCUCGAAUACAUGUUUCCAGUCAUUCCAUUGUUACCGACAUGUAUGUCUUGCGCCGAACAAUUGUUACUUGCUCCAACACCUUUUGUUAUCGGCAUACCCGCAUCGUUUCUCAUGUACAAAAAGAAUUUCAGGUUGCCCGACGAUAUUUGGCUGGUUGAUCUUGAUUCAAACAAACUCUCACCGCCCACUGGUUCAAACGAAGGGAUUCCAGUGCUGCCUGAGCCCGAAGGCACGAUUCUUCGCAGUCAUCUUCACCAGGCUUUGCAACUAAUGGAUCAAGCUGGAGCUGGUGCAUUGAGUUCGAUGUCGCCGAAUAACCAAAAUGCAUUUACUGGGCCAACUCUUGCUUCAGCUAGAGAAAGCUUAAUGUCACCACAAAUUUUGAGUCCUCGAUUAUCAAUUCAAGAAGGAAUGUCAUCAAACAACUCGAGUCAGCGACCAUCGAUUUUAUCGCAAGGAACGCCGCGAAUAUUGAGCCCCGCAUCGCAGUUGCCACCAGCAAUGAAUCCAUUCAUUUGUGGCAGCGAUGUUGAUUCAGUAGAUGUUGCAACACGAGUAGCUAUGGUGCGAUUUUUCAACUCUCAGAAUACUCUUGCCAAUUUCACCGAACAUACGCGAACAUUGCGGUUAUAUCCACGUCCAGUUGUUGCAUUCCAAAUAAAUAGCUUCUUGAGAUCACGUCCGCGAGCUUCGAAUUUCUUAAAUCGAUUCGCUCGCACGCAAGCCGUCGAAUUUCUCGCUGAAUGGUCGUUGACGCCAACGAAUGUAGCCUUUUUACGCGUUCAGACCGGAUUGCUGGAUCCAACGCAAAUCGGUGACAAAGCCAAAUGGUUUGCGCAUACACUCACUCCAAUACGAUUUACAUGCUGGGAUGACAGUAGCUCAAUAAAUACGGCACUAAAAAGCUUGCAACAACUAGAAAGUCAACCAACCGAUGAAAGUGGUUCGGAUUCAGAGGGAGCGGAUAGCACAAGCUCUUCGUAUUCAUCGCUAAGCGAUUUCGUUUCCGAAAUGCAUUCAUCAGAUCUUUCGCCAAGCAUUAGUGAUAUUUAUGGAUCGCAUUCACAUCAACACUAUCAUCCGCAAACAUUGUCUUCGAACUUGGACACAAAAUUGGUAUACAGGCCACCCAGUUCGUUACGUUUUCCAGAAGGGAUGGAGCCACGAGGCCAACCAACCGACUCUCGGCCAGACUCACCGCAAUCCGACGAUUCAUCCGAGUGUGAAUCGGAUUUGAGUUCGCCAAGUUUCAACAAAGAUUCCGAUUUUGAUUUUGCCACUCAAGCAAAGGAUGUGAUCGAAGCCGAACCAAGUCGUGAUAAUAUUUUAGCAAUGGCACCACCUGGAGCGGAUAGUUUUGAGAAUGAAUCCGAUUCCAAUUCAACUGUUACGACCAAAACCAUUUUGCCAUCAUCAAAAGACAAUUCACCAGCGGAGAGUGGUGAAAAGAGUGCACGAAUUCGAGCACCACCAAAACCGAUAUCGCCAUUGAGUACAUCACUCACACGACAACCAAGCGUUGGCAAUGUAUUGGCACGAACAUCAAGCUCUGGCUCAGCCAGUUCAACCGUAGGUAGUCCACACCCAUCACUCGGUUCGGCUAGUUCGAAUCGGCAAAGUUCACAAGGAUCACUGUUCGAACAAUUUGCAACACAAGCUAAAGAAUUGGUGAAAGAAACGAAACGUCAAAGCAGCCAAGAUGGCUUAUUAGCUCAAGUAGAUAAAUUCAAAACUCAAGCCAAGGAAAAGUUUGUUGAAGAAGAAGCUAAAAUUUUGGCUCCAUUAGAGCAGUUGACACUGCAUGCGAAGAAAGCGGCUGAAGAUGCAUCGAAACAGGCACUGCAUGCAUCACAAAAAGCGGCCGAUGCUAGCAAAAAUACAUUCGAAGAUUUAACUUAUGUGGGCAAAUCGACGAUUGGUGAUUUAACGAAGACAGCCAAAGAGGCAGCCACAAAGAAAGGUCUUAUGAAGGCAGACAAUAAUAAUCAGGCGCAAAGACAAUAUUCACCACCAUCGUCGGUGCAUCAACAACAACAAUAUCAGCAGCAGCAACAAAAACAGCAGCCAACUGGCAAUGCAUUGGUCACACAUACUGGCGGCCGUGACUUCUUUUCAUCGUUCAGCAGUGAAAUUAAUGGAAUCGCUUCAUCGACGUCUUCCAUUUUUUCUGAUUUAUUCGGAAAGAAACAAAACAACCAGCAAAAUGUGAAUCAACAGCAGCAACAGAAAACCACAAAAGAAAAAUUGUUGCCAUUUGAUUCGUUUCCUGGUCGUAAGGCAUUGGUGGAGCGCACUCCAUUAAUUAAACAUGCUGGACCACGACAAACGCAAGAAGAACUUCAACGGCAACAGAAUGCCGAACGAUCGUCAAGCAAUUCAGAGAAUCAAGCAUUUUUGAAAGAUGUUUGUGCUCAGGUGUUGAAUGGCGAAGGCGUUGGUUGGCUGAAAUUGAAUCGACUGCGAAAACUAAUGGAGGAUGAAUCAUAUCGAAUGUUAGUGGUAGGCAAAUUGAAUCGGACGCUUGAUAAGAAAAUCGCACCCGAUGAUCAUAUCGAUGAUGUGUGUGUACCGAAGCCCAUUUGGCGUGGAAUACUGAAGUGCAUGCAAGCCGUUGCGCAUGGAUUGGAAGUAACAUACUCCAAUUUUGGGCUCGGUGGCAUGGCUUCAGUGUUUCAGUUGAUGGAAAUCGCUCACACUCAUUACUGGAGCAAAGAUUUUCAUGAGGGAAGUGAACACGCAUCAACGUCGUUGCUCUCGAGUCAGACGGUAAGUCCAUUGGGAAGUCACGAGAAUCUGCAUUCGCCUCAAAGUCCAGAAGGUCAACGCUACGACUGGACACGAAAGAAUUCACUGAUGGCUGAUUCAGGAAUGACCAAUCGGCGCAUUUCACACGACGAUGGACAAGAUCAGAAGCAAUCAACAACCGACAUGUUCAAAGAUAUGCUAUCGCAGAAGCGAAGCAUGAUCAUGAGCAAGCUCACAUCAUUCGAUACAGAUGCCACAGUGGUGCAUGGUUCAGCCGGAGCAAUAUCCGUUGCAAGCGAUGGACAUAUGUCCCAUGCGGUGAGCGGUGGCGGCGGUCUCAUACCAUCAAUAUCGUGCCGUUCAACCGUCUCAGAUACCGAAUACGAAAAUUACCCAAAGCACAUGAACGUGCCAAAGGAGAGCAAAAGUCGGUCGAGCAGCAUUUUUUCGGAUGCACCACGAGUCUAUAUUUACGAAGGAAUGCUCGGCAAAGAAAGGUCGAAUCUAUGGGAUCAGAUGCAGUUCUGGGAAGAUGCAUUCUUGGAUGCGGUUAGUCAGGAGCGUGAUAUGGUCGGUAUGGAUCAAGGACCAAGUGAAAUGAUGGAACGUUACAAAUCUUUGAGCGAUUCGGAACGCAAACGACUCGAACACGACGAAGAUCGGUUACUUUCAACGAUGCUGUUCAAUUUAACGGCUGAACUUGUCAUGAUGAACGUACAGAAAGAGGAACUCAAACGCAAAGUGCGUCGUUUGCUGGGCAAAAGUCACAUUGGCAUUGUAUACUCGCAAGAAGUACACGAUCUGCUCGAUCAAAUCACGAAUUUGAGUGGCAAUGAUAUCGAUCUAAAACCGCUUGGUUCGCGUAUGUUGCAUCGUCAAAGUUUCACUGUGAAUCAAGGCGUCGAUGCAACCGGACCGUUACGUUUUAUGGAAGUUCGGGAUGAUGGUUUGGUAUUACGUUCCGUCACUGGUGCUAUAGUGGAACGCUGGUGGUAUGAACGGCUCAUAAAUAUGACCUAUUCACCAAAGACAAAAGUCCUGUGUUUGUGGCGUCGAAACGGUGGCCAAACACAGCUACACAAAUACUAUACUAGAAAGUGCAAGGAGCUGUACAAUUGCAUUAAAGGUGCUAUGGAACGUGGUGGAAUACCAGCAAAUAUCCCCGAAUUGGGCGGAGAAUUUCCCGUACAAGAUAUGACAACUGGCGAAGGUGGCUUAUUGCAAGUUUGCCUCGAAGGUGUCGGUUUAUUGUUUGCCAAUAGCAAAGUAAGAUGAAAUCGUUUCAAAACUUCAGCUUUAUUUUUUGAUUCAAAUAAUUUCAAAUCGAAAAAAAAUAUUUCAAAAUGCAAAACUAAAUGUUAGAUUAGGCUUAUUUUAUUUCCGAAUUUCGUUUCAAUUUGAUUUGGUUUCGUUUCAGUAUGAGACUUUUGAAUUGAACAAAAGAAAACAGAGCUUUUUUUGUUAACGAAAGAAAAAACAUUUCACUCUGUUGGUAUUUAAUGUGAUUUGAUGGAUUUGUCAUUCAAUUGUCCAUCGUCCGACAGUACGCAACAAUUUGAAAAUGCUCUGUCAUCACCUUUUUUGAUCAUUGAAACCAUUUUUUUUUGUUGACAACAACAAAAAUGAAGAAACAAAAAGAAAACCGAAUAAUAGAAAUGAAACAAGGACCUUCUCCAUAGACAGAGUUACAGAUUUAGCUGUAUAUCCAUUGAUUGCAAUUUUAUUUUCUUCUAGGCCUUAUUUUCCUUUUCAUUUCAGUACAAGUCUUUCAUUUUAAUUUUGCUUCAUCAUAAUUUUCAAAUGCAAUUUCGGGAAAGAAACAAAAAACUAAUACUAUGAAAAGAAACUACUACUAUUGACUCUAUGCAUGCUAAAAUGCAGCAAAAUAAUCUAAUAACUCUUUUAAAAAAAUAUAUCCAUUGAAACCAGAAAAUAAACAAUUAGUUGACAGCUAAAUAGAAUCAUUCUUUCUUACGUAUAAAACAAAAGCAUGAUACAUCAAUAUAUACUCAUCAUUUUGUCCAUUUUUCUGUUUGGUUAUGUUUUGAAAGAGGCGCGCGCAUUUCAGCCAAAUUAUUGUUAUUCAAAUCGAAAUAUAUAACCUUAUAAAAUCUUACUCAUGUUAUUCAUAUCUAUAACACAAUAACGUCAACGCAUCCGUCUAUUCAUUCAUCAACAUUUGUUUCGUUUCACUUCAUCAUUCCUUUCUUCUCAUAUGACUCGUUUCAGUUUUUUUUUCUUUUUCAUCGAUAUGAAAAAAAUUUAUAUUUUUUACAAUAAGAAAAAAAAAAACUAAAUUACUCCUUAAACGAAUCAAUCAUCAAUUCUAAAUUAUUUCCAAUUGUGUUUGAUGUUUGUAUGCGUGAACUUUUUUAUAAUAAUUCAGGAUUAAGUGAAUACUCCAUUCAACUCUGUUUCAAUUCAUUAUUUUGUCUAUCCAAUCAUACUUUAUUUCUUUGUCUAUUGAUAAGUUUUUAUUAAAAACCAUUCCAUAUCAAUUCAUCUCAAGAUAUCAGAUAAGACUGCAUGCUGUCAACCCUUUUUUGAACUCUCUUUUACUUCUUUAUUUCAUUUUCUAUCGGAAUUCAUUUUGCAAAAGAAUUCCUCAAAUUUCUUCUUCAAAUAAGUAAAAAGCGACAAAAAAAAUUCUCAAAAUCUAUUGAUAUUAUGCAUAGCAUACUCAUACAAUUCGAAUUUUCAAUAAUAACAACUUCAUGGUUGGAUAGCUUUUACGGUUUUUUUUGUCGUUUUUUAAAUAAAGUUCUUAUCAAAUAUUUACAAAUUGAGUGAAAUCCAAAAAGCUAAUUGGUGAGAUAGGAAGAGAAAGAGAAAGUUCAGGCCAAACUCUGUUUUCCCACGACAUUAAUUCCAUUCUAAUCCAAAAAUAAACAAAUGGAUUUGUCUGUAUGUGUACCUUAAAAUGAAACGGAAUCACCGAAAAAGAAAAAAAAACCACCUAAUUAUUAAGGAAGAGAGAGCGAGAGAGAGCGAGAGAGAGAGAGAGAAGAAAAUUGUGUGAAGAUCUAUCACCUGUGUUUGUGAGUGGUUAUGCUAUGGAUUGUAUUCAAUUGAGUUUUAAAAUUGGUCUCAUCAAAUUAUAUAAUCGAUAUUUUUUUCUUUUUCUUUUCUUCUUGUUGUUCUUCUUUUCUUUCACGGCAAUGAUUUUUCUCGAUUUGUUCCCUUUUCCGUUUUCCGUUUUCUCGGUUCGUUCUCCUUUUGCCACAUGUUUUUUGUUUUUCGUUUUGUUUAGUAACUUUUGAGAUGGUCCUUGGAAAAGCAUUAAAUACUGACUGAAUAAAAUGAAUGCGAACAUUUUGUUUGGUGCAAACAAAAUGUGAUUCAUUUUCAUUAUUUUGAUAUGUUAGAUUGAGACAAACAAAAAAUAUGAAAGAUAGCUGAAAAAAAAAUGAUACUGUACUCUUUAGUUUGGAAUUUUUGUGUUUGAUUUUUACUUGGCUUUUCGGUUAUUUGUUAGUUUACUUUUUUGGAAAUUGUUUCUAAACAAAAUUUUAUGACUAUGCAACAAAAACAAAAUCAACAAAACCAAUUUUUUAUACUAACAUUGUGUAUUUUUAAUUUGAAUAUUCGAAUGUGCCAAAUGUGCUGCCGCUGAAUCUUCGAUACAAUUAUCAAACUAAACACACACACACACAAACACACAUACAAAAACUUGCAAAAUCAAAAUGAAAUUUUGAACAAACCAAAACAAAAACACAAAACCAUACCAAAAAAACACAAAAA